AUGGCAGAUAUAGCAGAGACAACAGAUGUCCCACAAGAGGAACCAAAGACAUCAUUUAUUGGUGAGGAUGCAGAGAACAACUACCGCGUUUGGAAGAAAAAUGCCCCAUAUCUUUACGAUUACUUGUCGACCAACUCGCUACUAUGGCCAUCAUUGACUGUGCAAUUCUUUCCUGAUAUCACCCACGCUAGCAAUGACGUCGCUGGUGAUUAUAUUCUCCAGAGAUUGCUUCAUGGCACUUUCACAUUAGGACAGUCUGUGAUUGAUUCAAUCUCAAUUUUGCAAAUCCCCACUUACAUCAACCUCAACAAACAUAUUCAAAUUGACAAACUCGACUAUAAUCCAGAGAAGGAAGAGUUUGAAGUGAAUGCGCCGUCGCUCCCCAAGUCGAAAGUCUUACAAAAGAUCAACCAGUAUGGUGACGUUAACAAAUUGAGCUACAUGCCUCAGAAUCCGAACAUAAUCGCCAGUGCAAACAGUUUUGGUGAAAUUUCCAUAUUUGAGCGUACCAAGCACAAGAGUUUUCAGAAACUGCUAAUAGACGACACAGAAGCAAAUAAGCCACAGCUAAAGUUGAGUGCUAAAGCGGAACUUUUCGCCAUGGAUUGGAAUAAGAAUCGUGAAGGCUAUUUGGUAUCAGGUGAUACCGGUGGAAAUAUAAGUUUACAUGAUUUGAAACAGUUUUCCAAAUCAACUCAAUUAAGCGAAUUGAAAUCUUGGAAGGGAAGCAGUGACGUCAAUGACAUUGAGUGGUUCCCUACCCAUGAUUCAUUGUUUGCAUACGUUGAAGAGAGCGGAGAUUUAACUAUUCGAGAUCUCAGAGGCGACGACGUUAUAAAUAAGCAGCUUCAAUCUGCAAUCAAUUCAGUAGCAACAAACCCUAAUAUCCCCACUGUUUUAGCCACGGGAGAUUCCUCCGGCACUGUUAAAGUUUGGGACUUGCGCAAUUUCAAUGAGCCAGUCAAGGGUUUUGCGCCUCACUCAAAAUCAAUAACACAGCUAAAAUGGAAUCCAACACACGCCCAAUUACUCGCGUCUUCAUCCACAGAUGGUCUGGUUAAACUACACGCUGUGUCAAAGGAGGAGCCAACAAUCUUUCAACACCUUGGCCAUAUGUUAGGAGUCAAUGAUUUUGAUUGGUCUCACGCUGACGACUGGAUGAUUGCCAGUGUAGCGGAUGACAACUCUCUACACGUAUGGAAACCUACGCAGCAAGUUCAAAAUGUAAUCUAA